AUGGACGACGACACGGUGACGAAGCAAAUCGAGCCGAUACUCGUCGAUGAAGCCCAGCCCUGUUCAAUCGUGCGACUUUCACGGCGAGCCAACUGCCCGGUCACUCAAGCUUCUAGAUGCCUCGCGGAAUUCUACUCGGUUAAAAAGAACAAACUCAACGGCCUCGAAGCCGUCCACCUCAUAAAGGGAUUUGCGGAACGGGAAGGUAUUGCCGCUGAGGUUAUCAAAUUGGUGCGAGCAUCGGACCUGCGGGAUGAGCUGGGCUUUCUCACAACGGCGCUCGACCAGGGAAUCUAUGCCCUGUCAAUUGGGCGGAUUGAGGACUUGCCGACGCUGCUACGCUCCGAUCAUCUGGAUACGCCGAAAUAUCUUUUCUUAGACCCCAAACUCUCAUGCGUCGACGGCGAGGACUUGGCGAGCGAGUUCCGCUCAAAAAUGAGCGCCACAAAUGCGGCAGAUCGUGAGUCGGCCAUGGCUGCACGAGAGGCGUUUGUCCUCGAACAAGAGAAAGCGGUUGCGGCCAGCAUGCGCAAAAAGGACAGGGGGCCACCGACAAUCCAGAAAAUGUUCGCCAAAGCGAGGAUGGCAUCGCCGCAGAAAGCUCGACCGCCUGCCCGAACAUCACCGGCCAAACCUCCAAGCGUCAAAUCAGACGAGGACGUCGAAUCCGAGGAAGAGCCCGAAACCCCGCCACCACCAAAGAAACGUGGAGCCAAGCGGGUCAUCGUCAGCGAUUCCGAAGACUCCUACGACCAGGCGCCCACCACAUCAAAGACGAAGACACCAGUGAAAAAGACGGCCGAACCUUCCUCCUACGACGACAUAUUCGACGCCAAUGAUUCGUCGCCUGAGAAAAGCGCCCCGGCUUCACCCGAGAUCAGAACGCCUCCAAAGAAGAGGCAGAAGAAGCCCGAGGCUAGCGGGUCGAAGAAGGGCCAGGCGAAGCUAGAUGGAAAUGCCAAGAAAAUGCCCUCCCAAGAUAGCAGCUCGCCUGAUCGAAUGGAUACGACGAUGGUUCAGGAGAGGGGAUCGAAGAAGAAGACGGUGCUGGUUCACGGCCAGGAAACGGUGAUGGACGAGGACGGAUAUCUGGUAACCCGACCCGCAAUGGUCGAAAAAGAGGUGGACGAGGAGUCCGAGGCCGCCGAAGAAGCGAAAAAGAAAGAGACGCGAACUCUGAAACCUGCCGGCAACGUCCCAACUUCCGGAAAGCCCGCCGCGGCCGCCGCAGCCAACAAGGCAAGCAAGCCGGCCGGCCAACGCGGAAUCGCCUCGUUCUUCCAGAAGAAA